AUGGAAAUUUAUGCUGGUAAACAACCAGAUGGGCCAUUUCAAGUUGAAAAUGGUGCAAGCGCAAGCGAAGUUGUCAAACGUUUAAUAAGGCCCUUAUACAACUCUGGUCGAAAUUUAACAGUUGAUAAUUGGUAUAUGGGAUAUGAAUUAUCUCAAGAUCUCCUAAAGAAGAAAAUUACGAUAGUAGGUACAAUGCGUAAAAAUAAGAGAGAAAUCCCACCUGAGUUUCUGGCAAAGAAAAGAGAAGUAUAUUCUUCAAUUUUCGGUUUUCAGAAAGAAGCAACACUUGUAUCUUAUGUGCCGAAAAAAAAUAAGAGUGUGAUCCUGUUAUCCACAAUGCAUUCCGGCGAUCAAAUCGAUGAAUCUACUGGGGAAUCUAAAAAGCCUGAAAUCAUUACAUUCUAUAACAUGACAAAAGGAGCAGUCGAUGUUGUAGAUGAGAUGGCAGCUGCGUAUUCUACAGCAAGAGUAGCACGUCGAUGGCCUAUGGUGAUUUUCUUUUCAGUGUUAAACGUGGCUGCCAUUAAUGCAAGAAUAAUUCUACUAUCAAAGAAGGAACCACCAACGGAAUACCGUACCAGGCGUACUUUUCUCAAAGCCUUAGGGAUGCAGCUAAUAGAAAGUGUUCAAAAUGAACGACGACGAGCAUCUGUAGUUCCUGAUUCUAGACAAACACUGACCACCGAUGAACAUGUUAAGAGUGGAGUAGCAUUUGCUAAACAAAGUAAGGUUGAAUUGUUUCUGUUAACUGAAUAA